AUGGGUUCGUUCAAGGACGUUUACUUGUUUGUGAAUUACGUGUUUCCUGUAGAGGGUCAUUUUACUUCACUGGUUGGUAUUGGAAAGGAAGUAAAGACGACAAAGGCACAGCUGCAAAAGAUUUCUUCACAAGAUACCCAAAUGGCUGGUUCAACAGCCUCUUUGAUUUCCUCAGAGUUACCACCAGAAGGGGAAGGGAAGUUGCACAGUCAUACAGAUCAAAGUGAAACCUACAGUAUCUUUUCAUAACCCAUGUACCAGCACCCCUGCAGACCUCAUUCUUCAUUCAAAACGGAGGGACUGAUAGCAGAAUGCAUCCAUCAAGUGGGUCUCCACUAAAGAAAGCAUCUCGAAAGAGAGAGUUUUUCUCUUUAGAACAGAAGGAAAUAAUGAUAUCCAUCUAAAAUCGGCAGGCCUCAGCUGGCGUCAGGGAAGAACCGAAAGAAGUCAUAGCGUGCACGCAAGCAACAGGUGUGAAGCCUCUUAAAGAGUCACAGAUAAUAAGCUGGUGGAGCACAUACCAUCAAAAAAGGAAACGACUAUUGACUGCUAAAGCAGAUUAUUUACAGGGGCUACAUGCACGGCAUUUACCUCUGGCUCUACUGUUCCUGUUCAGCAAACCACUCGCAACUCUACUGUUCCUGUUCAGUAAACUCCUGCCCAAGCCACUCGCAUUACUGUUCCUAAUCAGCAAACCACUCCUGCUCAAGCCACUGGCUCUACUGUUCCUUCUCAGCACACCACUCCUGCUCAGGAACCUGGCUCUACUGUUCCUAAUAAGCAAACCACUCCUGCUCUGGUACCUGGCUCUACUGUUUCUGUUCACCCAAACAGCUUUCUUACAGGGAAUGUUGUUGCUGGCCACUCAGACCUUUUGCAGUGGACGUUCUCUGCUAAUUUCUCUCAGUCAAUACCUAGAGGGAGAUCUGGGAGAAAUGCCUCUGCCUUCAUGGCUUGUACUUUGGCCACUUAUACCAUCAUAGAAAAUUAA